AUGGGCCCCAAGCGGCCCAGGUCCGCCCGGGACUCGCCGGUGCCCGGGCCGCCGAGCUGGGAGCCCGCUCUGGUGUCGGCCCGCCUCGAGGAGGAUGACUGGAAGCCUAGCAUCACUUUCAUUGUUGGGACCAAGAUUGAGGAUGAAAUCCACACCCAGGCCCUGGCUCUUGCUGUGCAGGUGCCACUGCGAAAGCUCUUCAGUGUGAUAACCCGUGAAGAUAUUGACAGACAGAUCGCAGAAUCUGGGCGUCAAAAGGGAAAAAAGGCUAAGGAUGCACCUAUGUACUAUGAGGUGGUGGAAUUAGCCAAAACCCUUCUGGAGAUGGGUGAAGAAAUUCCUGUGACACUAACUGGAAAGCUGUUGAAAUUUCAGUUGCUUUGUUUCAAACAGAAGGAUCUUCAGAAGAGAGAAGAGGAAAAGAAGGCAGAGCAGCAGCAAAAAGAAAAAGAGAAAGGAAAAUCUAAAUCUCCCAGUAAGACAUCUAGAAAAUCAAGUAAAGGAAAAAAGUCAUCGGGAGCACCCCCUGUUAAAAAGGACACCAUAUUAAAACAACGAGGAGAAGUGGAAGUGGAAGAUAAAUACAUUGAUGAUGAACCAGAUGAUGGUGCUCAUCAUUACUUUAUCAUUCUGGGUUUCCCCAAUCUUCAGUUGUUGCCUGUCUUGACUGACCUUGGGAUUAACAUUUCAAGUGUAAUUCAAAUUUCUUCUGAGAAUUACAAGCCAUUGCAGAUGUACUUAGAAGCAACUAAACUUGAAGGACAAUCUUUAAUUUCACAAGAAGAUGUAGAAGCAGAAAAAAGAAAGGAAGACGAAGCUAACAAGGACCUGGAAAUAUUUUGGAAAUUCCUGGACCCCGUUCUGAACAGUGGAAAGCAUGGAUCAAGUCUCUUUGAUAUUGCCAGGUUUCAUUACCUAGUUAAGGAAAGUGACUUUCCCCCUGAUUGGUCAGACAGUGAAAUGCUGCUUGCAUUUGGUACUGUGCUGUUUGAACACAUUGCUUGUUUGAUGUAUGACUGCCUGGACUGGAGAAGACAGCAUUGCAACUACUUGGAAAACACCAAGUUUAUUAAUGUGCUUGCAUUUCCAGAGUGCAAGUCAACACAACCAUCUUCACUUGAGGAACAACCAACACCACAGAUGACACCUACAAGGAGAAAAGGGAAACCAGAGGAAAUUCUGCCAUCAAUAGUUUUGUCAGAGACAGAUGAAGAAACUUCGAUUCUGUUUCCUUCUGUGGACAUGAGGUAUUACAAUGACUUGCUGAGACAAAUUCCUGAGGAGUACUUUUCUGUACCCUUAAUGCUGAGCUGCAUGUUGGAACAGGUUAUUGCAAGUGAAGAAGACCUUAUACCACCGAGUCUGAUAACAGCAGAGCCUCAGGCUGAUGGGCUGCAUCGUGCCAUCGCAGAUCAUAUAAUCUCUGUCCUUCCUUCUCUAUCACUUCCCAUGAGUGAAAAAAAGAAUCUGUAUGACUACUUUUCUCUUAAAGACGUUGAACAAGAGACUGUCACCCCCCAGUACCCUCUCUUAUUUAACUACCAUGAUGCCCUGGCUCAACGGUUGCACCUGCUGAAGGUCCAGAAGAACUUCAAUCCAGAAAAGAUUGAGCAUGAAAUGAUGGAUAAACUGCCUCUUACAGAACUUAUCCAUUUCACCCCUCCUUCAAUUGAAAACAACACUAAACGCUUGGCCAGAGUUCACGAGCUCAUGCAUUAUUGUACUACUGAACAUCUGAGUUGGGCUGAAGUAGAAAGAGCCUUCAGAGUGUUUACUUUUGAAAGCCUGAAGCUGACUGGGCUGAGUGACUCUGGUUUCCUGGAGAGCUCUGGAUCUAGGGUUGGAGGUGAUGCUGAAGUGUCUUAUAUCCCUUGGGAUAAUCCAGCCAUGUUUGCAAGACAGCUGAGACAACUCUUCCAUAUGGAAAAGAAGCUUAAUGAGAAAUCCUCAAGCUGCUCUGGGCAUACAGAAGCAAGUGACGAAGAUGAAGGAGAUGGUUUGGUUGGUCCUCUUUUGAACAUAGAUUUGGAUCUUCUUUAUUCUGAUAUGAUGAGUCCGGAAAAUGAUGGCCUUGGACCAAUUUUAGAAGAAAUAAAAAAGACACAGAGGCGUUGCUUGACAGACUGGAGUUUGGAAGAGCAUUUUGAACCACAUGUUCUUCAUCAGGUUCUUCAUACAGCAUCCCAAGAAUAUAGAUGUAUUGAUUCCUUUUAUCAUACCCAAGAUAACUCUUUACUAAUGGUUUUUCACAAUCCUAUGAAUCAACAUCAUCUGUGCCAAGAGACUUGGAAUAUUGCUCUGCACUCUAAUGUUGGAUUCAGGAACUAUCUUGAGCUGGUGGCUGACUCAAUUGAAGACUGGGUGAAAGAAGAAGAAGCUAAAUACCAAAAAGAGAAGAUGGGCAGCACACCUGAACCUCAGAAUAUAACAGAGUCUCAAUCCAAGAGUGAAGAAAGUCUCAUUAUCAGAGAAGAUUCUCUGAAGGCUUGGAAGAUGGAGCAGGACCGAUUACGAGAGGAAGAAAAAGGAGAAAAGGAAGAAAGGGAAGAAAAAUUGCAAAGUAAAAAGAAAGGACGGGAUAAUAAAAAUAAAGAAUGUGAAGAAUCAAACAAAAAUCCUUCUGAAAAGAUGUCUCAAAAUGAGUCAGCAAAAGACCCUGAAUUUGAGGAGGAUCAUAGCAUUCCAGAACCAUUUUCUGAGAAAGUUUAUAAGUUUCAUGGCUACAAUACAGGGGAUGAUGUCAUUCAAGUAUCAGGAACCAAUCAAUAUCUUUUCCCAUCCGAUGGAGGACAGAUUCAAGUAGAGAAGAUAGAGUUUGUAAAAAAAACUCUGAUAAAGGUGAAGGUAAUAAAAGACAACCACAAUUUCUUAAUUCAUAUCACAGACCCCAAGGAAAACUUCAAAGAAGCUGAAGAGCAGGAAAUUAAUGAAGAACAGCAAAUUAAAUCAGGAGAACUGAAAAAUCAAAAGAAAGGUCUGAGCAAGUUUGGAUCUUUUUCAGCCACCUUAGAAAAUGGAAUCCAGCUGUCUCUGAGCUAUUAUGGACCUACAGGGGAGCCAGCAGAUGAGGAAACAGGUCCUGUCUUAACAAGAAUUCUGAACAUCCCUUCUGUUCAUGGUCCGACCAUAAUUCCGACAGCAGUUUCUCCCAUUACAAAAAAAGAUAAGGUUGACAGAAAAAAAUCAGUAAAAGCUUCUGCCAAAGGAAACCGUGGCAAAUUAGCCCCUUCAUCACCUGAUAACCUUGUACAGCAAGAAGAAGAAAAGAUGGAAAAGAAAGAACCAGUUCCCCAAACACAAGAGAUGUCAGAUGCUCCUGCUUUUCCAAGUUUGAAUGUCUCCUGUCCCAAUGGACUUGUACUGACUUUUCUCGGUGAAAGGUUUCGAGAUUUGAAAGGUGAAGCCACUUCCACUGAAGCAGAGAAAGAGAUGGUAGAAAAAAGUGAGGCCAAAGCAGAUGAAGGAGAGGAGGAAGAGGUUAUGCAAACUGCAGAGGAGGAACAUCAGGUUACAGAAGGUGAAAUAAAGCAUGAAGACACCAAAAGUGAACAGGCUGAGCAGCCUACUCUGGAAAUUGUGGUUAGACAGAGUUAUCCCCAAAUGGUAAAGAACUCUCACCUUUAUUCACCUCUGUCAUGGCAAACAGAACAAGAGGUGUCAAGGGUCAUCACUAGUCAAGGAACUGUCAUAAAGUACCUGAUGGAUGGAUCUACCCAGAUUCUGUUUGCUGAUGGCACAGUGAGUAAGAGCCCUGAUUCUGGUCCUGUCUUACCACCACCUACAAUUCCAGACAAAAAACAACCCUCACCAGAAUCAGAGAAUUUAUCUGAGACCAGCACUAAGAAAGGGAAAAGCAGUGACAAGAACAGUCUAUUAUGCUCACCCAAGGGUGGGGAGUUUGAAAAGGCCAAUUCUACACAACCUAAGGCAGGAACCUGGAUAACAACAACUCCAUUAGGCAUUCGAGUGGGCACAGAGGGUGCAACAAGAAUGGAUCUGAAGCCACUCUUAAUGUAUCAGUCCACAAACCUAGAUGAUGGAACGAUUAUGACUGUACGAGACGAUGACGUGAUAAUUGUUGAGAAGAUGCGUGGUAACAGAGUAGUAGAGCAUGCCGAUGGUACCAGGAUCACAACUUUUUAUGAAAAAUGUGAAAAGCUUUCUGUACCAGAGGGUAGUGUGGAAACAGAUGAACCCUCAAAAGCCACCAAAAAGAAACUCAAAGGUACACGAGUCGAGAAUCCUGAGUUUGCUACUGUUAUAACAAAUUGUGAGGAUGGUACCUGUUGUACUAUCUUUGGAGAUGGGACAUCUAUUCUAGCAAAGCCACAGGGCACAUAUCAGGUUUUACCCAGCAAGGGAGGCUUUCUUUUCUUUGAUGAAGAUUGCUCAGCAGUUUAUAGCCAUGAAGCUUGUAAUUUCAGCAGCAAGGAAGAGAAACAAGCAGGAAGAUACAUUAUGAAACACACUUCCAGCACUAUUUGUGAGAUGAUGGAUCCUAAAGGAAAUACUUUUAAGGUCCUGGCUGAUGGCAGCACAGAUGUGUGCAUUCCCAGCAUUGGCUCUGAUGGCAAGGAGGACAGAAGUUCAGCAGCAGAGGACGUUAACAAACCUAUCACUUAUAAUGAGCAUGCCCCAAGGUUUUUCAUCAUCUCUGCGGAUGGUUCUGGAACGGAGCUCCUGCGAGAAAAGGAUGUACACCAGUGUAUGGCUGAGGCCUGCAGUGAUCCUACCACUGCAGUCUUGCGAGAUCCUGUACAAGAACAGCCAGGUGUUGUAAGUAUUACUAUCCUCCGCCCUAUGGCUGAAGCAUCCCCCUGGGUAAUGAAGAAAGAACCAGAGAGUAUUGUUCCUCCAUAUCUUCGGUCAGGAACUCAGGAAGAAUCCUUUCCUCCUGAGGGGGAGAUCACAGGUCCCCCAGUCCAAAGGUAUGUUUGGAAGGGUCUCAGCAUUGGAUCAGCACAAUUAUCCUUGCCAGUGUCUGUGCGAAAAUGUCCCAAAAAACUGCAAAUCCGCCAGCUAUUCCAGUAUAAGCCACUCUGUGAUGAGCUAAGAGAAAAACUGCAGCUUUCUCUCAAGGAAUAUAUAGAUAACAUCUUAAAGCAUGAAAAUGAGCUGGAAGAGAUGAAUGUAAAAGAACCAAGAACAGAAGAGGAAAAGGAGAAUGCUGCAAGUCUCCGUGAGCUGAUUGCAUCCUUCCCUGACUGGGAGAAGUCAGCUGAAAAGCUCAGUGAUAGAGCCCAUGUGAGUGCGCUGUAUGAACAGGCAGUGGCUUCUCCUGCUCACACAGAGAAGAAAAGCACUGCACAAAGAGAGGACCAGCAGCAGAGGUAGGACAGAGCAGUGAGGACUGUAACAUCCAAGUGGCAAAGCAAACUAGAACAGAACAGGAAAGAACUGGAUGAACAGAAGACUACAUUUGCAGCAAUAAAAAACAAAAUAUUUGCUCCAUAUUUUGAAUCUGAAUUCAGCAAGGGCUUUUUCGAUGAAAAGUUUCCUGAUUUGGAAGCAAUAUCGAAGGAACUUCCUCCACUUCAAAAAGAAGAAGGUGUAACUUCCCCUCUGUGGCUGAUAAAAGAACCCACUGAAUUUCUUGAUACUACAAAUGACUCUUCACUUUCAUCUAGCCUUCCACUGCAGGAUCCUUCCAAAGAAGAUGAUGGUUCCAGCAGCACAGCAGACCUAAGCAUGGCAGCAAGAGCACAGGAGACACCCCUUCAAUUUAAAGUUCCAAGUCUGGCAGUGGAUGUUACAGGACAGACAAGAAAAGAGAAAGUAGUAUUACCAUCAUAUCUUCAGGGGAAAAAACCAAACACCAUACCAAAUAAAAAGAUAGAAGAUCCUGCCUCAGGAAAGGUCAACAUAUCUUCUCUUGCAACAAGACAGGAUCUUACCAGCUUCCAUCUCAUCCCACCCAGGGUGACAUUUGGAGUGCUAAAGGAAGGCUGCACUUACACAACCACUGUCAUCAUGAAGAAUGUUGGUGUGAACUUCUCAAGGUUUCGGGUGAAGCAGCCACCUCCGCACACAGGACUGACAGUGAUGUACACACCAGGACCUGUGGCAGCAGGCUUGCAGGUUGAAUUGGAGAUAGAGAUUUUUGCCAUGCUAAUUGGAGGGAAAGACACUGGUGGCCUUGAAGAAGUUUCCCAUGAUAUUGAAAUAUUAACAGAAACUGAAACUCUUCUCCUGCCUGUGAAAGCAACUGUGUUAUCCAGUGACAUUUAUGAGUGCCGCCCAAAAGAAUACCCCCAGGGAGGGAUGGCAGCAGCAGUCCAGGCAGUUCCUGCAAGCACCAAGCCAUGGUUACGGCUUACACUCCCACGAAAGCCUUGUACUUAGUGUUAGAAGCCUAGAAGAUCAACACGAAGAUCAGCAACACUGAAAUACCUAGAUUUUAGUCCAACCUUAUGGAAACAUCCAAUGUAAUCUUUUCAUUUAUUUCAUCAGAUUAAAUGAGAAUAAAUAUUUUGCCUUUUCCCUGUUAAUGGGAAAGGUGGUCCAAAAGUUGCACAAUCUCCUGUCUGAAAUGCAAACAGUGGAAAGAUUGCUGUAUUUCAACCCUACUACAGAGCAGUGCUGCAUGGUUCCCACUAAAUUUGUUUUUAAAAGGGAUUAGGUUUCUAAUAACCUGUGCUGAGGCACCUGAAAUAUUUUUCACGUACUGGGAAUGCACCAUGUUUCAACACAGUCAACUAUGAUUCUUCAGGAGCUGCUGACCUGCUCUGAUCUAAUUCCUGAGUUUCUGUUCGCUUUCACAAUCACAGGAUUAACUUUCUGUGUGCUCACCUACCUUAAUAAAGCUGCAAAUACCAGAUGGGGGUAGUGAGUACACAAAGUUACAUUUGACGAGAGAGGGAUUCUCAUACCCUCUUGUUCAGUCACACAUGAGCACCUUCAAAUGUUCAUCUGCUCAUCUCUCUUCAUACUGGAAGAGAUGGUCUUUCCCCCUCCUUGUUCCCACCUACACAGCAAUGACUAAGAGAAAUCUCACAGACUCCUUUUGAGCCACCAUAUUUGUGUGUCCAAGUGCAGCUCUACUCCCAGUUCAUGAAUUCAUUUCUCACAAGGUCCUUUCCUGUGCUUCAUCCUUUUUCCACCAUGUGACAUGCUGAGAGAGAUGGGGAAUUUUCCUUGAUACAUGCAGAUGACUUGUUCUCUCAACUCUCAACUUCAGAGUGACCGAGAAUCCCAUGACUGGGCAUUAAUAGCAGCUUUCACCAGUGUAAAACAUGCAUGCCAGUUCUGAACCCUCACAUCCACACUGUUAGGUGAGAUACAUAUCCUAACAAUACAGAUUUAAGCUUGCCCUGUACUUCAAAGUGCUUUGCUGCCCAGGUUUGUAAAUCCAGGGAAUUUCAUCCAAGAAGGGGCAAAUUGAUGUCCCAAGGACAUUAAAAUUCCUAUCA